GCGAAGGGAGGGCCCUGUUUCCGGCUUGAGAAUUCUUCGCGUUUCGGAGGCGACGCCGCAGCCGGCAGUUAGCCACCGCGCAGGGAUCUGCUCCGAGCCGCGGGUCUCGGCCCCAGCGUCACCAUGGGGGCCGUCCUCGGCGUCUUCUCCCUCGCCAGCUGGGUUCCAUGCCUCUGUAGUGGUGCAUCAUGUCUGCUGUGCAGUUGCUGUCCCAUCAGUAAGAAUUCCACUGUAACUCGGCUCAUCUAUGCUUUUAUUCUCUUCGUUGGCACUAUUGUGUCUUGCAUCAUGAUGACAGAAGGCAUACAAACUCAGCUGAAGAAGAUUCCUGGAUUCUGUGAAGGAGGAUUUCAAAUCAAGAUGGUUGAUACAAAGGCAGAUAAAGAUUGUGACGUGCUGGUCGGUUUUAAAGCUGUGUAUCGGAUCAACUUUGCUGUGGCCAUCUUUUUCUUCGCCUUCUUUUUGCUCAUGUUAAAAGUUAAAACAAGUAAAGACCCCAGAGCAGCAAUCCACAACGGGUUUUGGUUCUUCAAAAUCGCUGCCAUUAUUGGUAUCAUGGUUGGAUCUUUCUACAUCCCUGGGGGCCAUUUCACUAAAGUCUGGUUUAGUGCUGGAAUGUUGGGGGCCACAUUCUUCAUUUUCAUCCAGCUGGUGCUCUUGGUAGACUUGGCUCACUCUUGGAAUGAAUUAUGGGUAAAUCGAAUGGAAGAAGGAAACCCCAGGCUCUGGUAUGCUGCCUUGCUGUCCUUCACAAGCCUCUUUUACAUCCUGUCGAUCGUCUUUGCCGCGCUGCUCUACAUCUUCUACACCAAGCCGGACGGCUGCACAGAAAACAAGGUCUUCAUCAGCCUGAACCUGAUUUUUUGUGUUGCAGUUUCUAUUGUAUCCAUCCUCCCCAAAGUUCAGGAACAUCAGCCUCGCUCUGGCCUCCUGCAGUCCUCCAUCAUCACCCUGUACACCCUUUACCUCACGUGGUCGGCCAUGACCAAUGAACCUGAGCGAUCCUGCAACCCCUCCCUUAUGAGCAUCAUCACACACUUAACUUCACCAACUGUGUCUCCAGCAAAUUCAACUACUCUUGCUCCUGCCUAUACUCCAUCACAGAAUGGACACUUUAUGAAUUUGGAUGAUAUUUGGGGACUGAUUAUCUUUGUUUUCUGCCUUAUAUAUUCUAGUAUCCGUACUUCAAGCAACAGCCAGGUUAACAAGCUGACCCUCUCUGGGAGUGACAGGGUUAUCCUUGGAGACACCACCAAUGGAGCCGGUGAUGAAGAAGAUGGACAGCCUCGUCGGGCUGUAGACAACGAGAAGGAGGGGGUGCAGUAUAGCUACUCCUUUUUCCACUUGAUGCUCUGCUGUGCCUCCUUGUACAUCAUGAUGACCAUAACCAGCUGGUACAGCCCUGAUGCCAAAUUCCAGAACGUACGCAGCGAGUGGCUAGCUGUGUGGGUCAAAAUGGGCUCCAGCUGGGUGUGCCUCCUCCUUUACCUCUGGACUCUUGUGGCUCCCCUGGUCCUCACAGGUCGGGACUUCAGCUGAGCUCAGUGUGUCAAGGACACUGGAAGCUGAUAGUCUCCUUUCCUGAAAAUGCAUAUCCAUUUUAUGUUUUAUCAGCUAGACUAUUAUGUGAACGCUUUGCAGAUUUGGCUGUAUUCAGGUUUAUAUCAAAAGGCAAGAUUGAAUAAUGCUUGAUGCAGAAUCUGAGCUUUCAUAUAUAUAUAUAUAUACAUAUAUUAUGUUUAUUUGUAAGGCUAUAGCACAAAGGGAACAUUUUUGUGUUUUAACAUGAACUACAGCUGUGCUGUGAAGAGAAUUCUUUAUAAAGACCUGUAGAUUCCUACAACUUUGGUUUAAGUUGUAAGUUACAAAAUUGUUGGAUAUUUAAGGCUAUCUUUAAUAUAUUUCUAUUACAGUCUCCUUAAAAACCAAAAAGGAAUGCAUUAAUCCACAUUUCCUUCUUCAGAGGAAUUAUGUAUGUAGGUCCUUCUCCAGAAGUGCAGCUGCUCAUAAGGCUGAGGGAAGGCUAUUGAGUUCCUUUACUUUUUAUACUACACUGAUGCUGCUUGAUAGAAGUCUGUGGCUUUGUCAGAUAUGUCACCUCAGUCAAUGCUUUGUAGAUCUGAUUAAAAAGAAGCUCACUUGAGAAACACAAGUGUUAUAUGUAAUGAUCUUGUUAUGAGUGUGAAAGUCAAAGGCAUGUCAGUUUAUUAUUACUUUUGCCACAUAAAAGUACUUAAUUAAAAUAGAUAUUUAGUUUC